AGCCAUGUUGUUGGGCUCAGGGACGAGCAGACACAAUCCUGCUGCCCGUGGUAACUUUCAGGGAAGUUUCUGUCACAGCCUCUGGGGGGACGUGGGCGGCGGCGGGGGGGGGGGGGGAAGGAGCCCGCAGCGGCUGCCCAGCGCGGCGCACGCGUCCUGGAGACCCCCCCCCCUCCCGCUGCCCAGCGAGCCCCCGUCUGCCGACCCCCGGCACCCCCCGCCAACGCAGCCAGGCAGGCCACCACUGCGCUACCUCCCGCACCGGGCUGGGGCCGGGAGCCCUAUUCAGCGAGCGCUUUAGGCCGGCUCCCCUGCGCAGACAGCGUAAAGCCAGCAGCUUCCCCUUGCGUGCGCGGCGAGUCUCUCUCGGGCUCCGGCUCCGGCCCCGCCUCCCUUGCUCUUGCCUGAGUCUCCCAUUGGCCAGCGGGUGCGUCACUCUCCGGCUGGACCCAUCUCGCGCUCCCCAUUCAUGCAGUUUGGUUGCGUGUUGGUGUAUUUUACUGUUUGCAAUAAAGAGGGGGGGAUUUUUUUUUUUUGUUCAGUUUCUGCUGCAAUUAACUCUUGGUCCCUUAUAAAAAAUUUUUGGCAAUUUUGCAGAACGGUUGAAACAGUUUUUUGUUUUGUGAUUGCAUUUGUUUUUUAAUAGAUCUCUUAUCUAUUUUGCAAUCAACUAUUAAGGUGCAACUAUGCCCAAAAGAAAGGCUGCAGCUGAAGGCGAGGUGAAGGAGGAGCCAAAAAGAAGGUCAGCUAGAUUAUCAGCAAAACCUGCUCCACCUAAACCGGAGCCAAAGCCCAAAAAGGCAGCACCUAAGAAAGAGAAGGCAGCAAAUGAUAAAAAGGAGGACAAAAGAGCAGCAGCAAAGGGGAAGAAGGGAGCCAAAGGCAAAGAUGAAACUAAGCAAGAUGAUGCUAAAGAAGAAAACCACUCUGAAAAUGGAGAUACCAAAACUAAUGAGGCACCAGCUGCUGAAGCAUCCGAUGAUAAGGAAGCCAAGUCCGAGUAAUGUUAACCUUGCCCUAUAUCUCCAUCAUCUGGUAUCCAUACCUCCAUGCUGUAUUGUUAACAGAGAGGAAUAUUUUUAUCAACUAUUUUAUAAAUGCAGGUUUUUUUAGCAUGAAUUUAAUUAUGGAACAUCUUCAUCUCGGUUACUUGGGAAUUAAAUCCCUAACAAAACAAAACAAAACAAAAAAUCAUUGUUUUUAAAUUUUGUGAUUGUAAUAGUUUGUAUGGUACAUGGAAAGAAUAAGUGGUGGUAGCUUUCGACUUCUGUCAGUGUGUCCCUUUUUGUGUAAGUCAUGCCUACAGACUUCAGAUUUUAAUUUUACCCCUUGUAUGUGUUAUAUGGUUUCUUAAAGUGGGGAGGUCUCAAAACAAAUAACUGCGUUAAACAUUCCAGUGGUUCUGUGGGUUGCUUUUAUAAAGAAGGUGAGAUAUUUUCAUGAAAAUCCUAGGAGCUGGAAAUCUGUUUCCCAAAUGUAACUUUAUUUUGUCAGUUUUGGAGAAAAAAAUAAAGUGUAAUCAUGUUUUUAAAUGAAAUACAAACAUUUCUUUUAAAAGGGCAGGUUGGUUGUAUGUACCCACUGUUAGGAAUUUUGCUGGAUUUAUCUUAAUAAAAAAGACUCCUCGAAA